GCACGCGCAGUGCGUCCCACGGCGCCGAUAGUACUUCCGGCGGCUGGGCCUCGGUCCGCCCGCGGGGCAUGGGGAGGAGUCCUGUAGGACUGGGAGUGAUGUGGAACACAGUAGUUUAAGCUGCUGACCCCAAGGAAGGCUUUGGGAAAUGGCCUCCCCGUUCGCUGGGCCCACAGCAGUGGCUGAUGUAAUUAAAGAUCUAGACACGCAGAUAGCUUUGAUCGGUUUGGGUCCCCACAACCCCAAGAAGAAGCAGGACCUCGACAAGCUUUAUGAUCUAAAAGCUAAAGCCCAACAGAUUAUGAACCAGUUUGGCCCAUCUACCUUGAUCAACCUCUCCAACUUCUCCUCCAUAAAGCCUGAACCUGCCAGCACUCCCCCUCAAAGCUCCAUGGCAAACAGCACCGCCGUGGCAAAGAUGCCGGGUACACCCAGCGGAGGAGGGCGGCUCAGUCCUGAAAGCAACCAGGUUUUAACCAAGAAGAAAUUGCAGGACCUGGUGCGUGAGGUGGAUCCAAACGAACAGCUCGAUGAAGACGUGGAGGAGAUGCUGUUGCAGAUUGCUGAUGAUUUCAUAGAGAGCGUGGUGACAGCUGCCUGCCAGCUCGCACGGCAUCGCAAGUCAAACACCCUGGAAGUGAAAGAUGUCCAGUUGCACCUUGAGCGUCAGUGGAACAUGUGGAUCCCGGGCUUUGGUUCUGAAGAAAUCAGGCCCUACAAAAAAGCCUGCACUACAGAAGCUCACAAACAGAGAAUGGCACUGAUCCGUAAAACCACCAAGAAGUAGAAGUGGGAGAAGAGCUCGGAGCUGCCAGCGGUGCAUUUUGGGAUCUCUGCCUCUCACUGCAGCCUCUGCGACGCCACCCAUGGGAUAUUAUUUGUUCGUGCUUUACAGAGAAGCAUCUAUUUUUUAUUGACGGUGCAGCAAUAUCUGAGUCGAUGAGGAGAUCUGCCAAAACCAUCCUGUUCCUUGUUCUCCCCCUUAAGAGCGCAGCGUAUCUCAAAGCAAAGACUUUUAUUUGUGACUUGAAAGUGGUUUAUCAUAUAAGUGAUUAUCUGAGGGACAGAGCAUUUGAUUGUGUGUAUGUGUGUGUGUGUGGGACAGUAUUAGAAGCAGCUGUAGAGGUUUUUGUUUCCUCCUUCAUACCCCUCCCUGCUCCCGUACUUUGUAAUGUCAGUGUUUAUAUAAAAAUACUUGCGUUUGUUUUACAUGAAUAAAGAAAUUAUUCAUCUAAAA